AUGUCACAGCAAAAUGAGGCCACAACAGAUCAACAAGCCCCUGGACCAUCAAUGACACAGGCUCCUAAACAAAAUAAAAGGAAGAUGCCAGGACCAUUGCCUGAAAGUUCUUUCCUCAAAGAGGCUAGAGCAGCAAUGCCAUCUGCAGGAACCAACACUGCAACAAGACUAGGUAGUCUUACAACUAGAGUUGAAGUGAUGAGGAAGGCCAAGCAGCAUGCCAAUGAAAUUUUGCAUGAACAGAGGUGUGCUAAAAUCCUGGAAAAAAGAGAAGCAGCUGCUUUGCAAAAAGCGGGUGAAGCCCUUGCCAAGAAAGAAGCACAAAAGUCUAAAAAAGCACUUGAAAAAGAAGCACUCAAGGCAGAGGCAAGGAAAAAGAGAGAGGCAGAAGCUGAAGCAAAGAAGGUUGCAGCUGCAGCUAAGAAAGAGGCACUACAGGAAGCAAAGAAGAGGGCUUUAGAAGAGAAGAAAGUAGCAGUUGAAGCAAAGAAGAGGGCUUUAGAAGAGAAGAAAGCAACAACUAAAGCAAAGAAGAGGGCUUUAGAAGAGAAGAAAGCAGCAGCUGCAGCAAACAAGCCCAGGAAAGUUAACAUGUUUGAUGAAUUCAGGUCUUGA